AUGCAUGCGAAUCCUGCCGCCGCCGCUGCAGCUGCCGCCGCUGCCGCUGCUACGAGCGCAGUGGCCGGCCACAAUCAGGCCUGCCCGCAUCGCCAGCGCACACAAUCCAGCUCGAGUACGACCGUCAACCACGGCAACGGCAACCCCCGCUCUCGGACUCAUUCCUCCAGCUCGAAUGCCCCAACCUCGAACAAUCGUUUCAAAACAGAGCUCUGUCGCUCGUGGAGCAACACGGGUGCCUGCCGCUAUGGCGACAAAUGUCAAUUUGCUCACGGCGAAGCCGAGCUCCGGCCCCUGCAACGUCACCCCAAGUACAAGACGGAGCUUUGUCGGACGUUCCACACUCAGGGCGUCUGCCCGUAUGGCCCGCGGUGCCACUUUGUGCAUGAGACAGAAGAAGUCAAGCAACGCAAGCAUCACCCCCGUACCCAGUCGGAACCGACCAAUGACCUCGGCUUUCCCACGGCGACCGGCCCAGGGGGCCCACGUCGCCGCCCUGCUUCGGAAGCCAUGAGUGCACCUCGCGGUGUCUCGGACGGUGACGACUUUGAGGCCCGUCUCUCUGCCCUCACUCUUCGGACGCUACUGGAUGAGGACGAGGGUCAGAGCCCCGCCAUGGAAGCCCGCCACUCCGCGGCCAGUGACUCCUCGGCCGGGUCGGCCUAUCACCACGGUGGACAAACCCCGCCCCGCUUUGUUCAUCUUCACCAGGCGGGCCCCAUGCAUGCCUCCGCCGAGAUGUAUGCCACCAUGUUCUCGGGCAAGCAUGGCCAGCAUCCUCCGACCACGAUGAAUCAACAGCGCCACGUUGCAGCGUCCACUUUGGUUCAGCCCCAAGAAGUCGAUGAUGUGUUCAUCACCACCCCUUCCUCGCCGUCCUCUUCCAUUUCGCCCCCCAUUCCAGACCGUCAGCAGUCGGUGGUCUGGCAUCCGCACUCUCAGCCUCAGCAGACUCGCUCUGAUGGUGCUGCCUUUGUGGGCUGGGGCCAGCCGUCCGAUAAGCCGGGCAAGCCAACUGGCACGCGCUCCAACUCGCAUUCCCCGCCGCUGGCACCGGGUGCCGAGCGUGGUGGUGCUGGCCCUUCGAAUGUUGGACACCUGGCCCCGGGCGGUUUCCAUCGCUUUGCCUCCAACUCAGCCAGCCGCCUGCCUGUAUUUAGCCAGCUGACGUCUUAA